GUUGGCAUUUAUGGUAAAGUUGAAGAGAAAAACAAAAACACAUCAUCUGAGACGUCAGUGGCCCAUAUACAUGUUGCCCACAGUAUACAUUCUUUCCCACUAAAACCACAGCUUUUGUUUGUGCCUCGCUGGCUGCUGCUGCUAAGACCGAGUCUCAUGAAGAGAAAGGACAGAGAGAUAGAGGUGGGGUAAAUAAGCUGCAGAAUGGAGGGAGGGAGGAGCAGUGGGGUGCAGGAGAUCUCUAGACCUUGAGUGUCGAGAAAUGAGUCCAUGGCUUUGGUGUUCGCCUGUCAGCAGCUACCGAGACUGACGCAAGCCAACGGAGGCAGGAGGACUGGCACGGAGCAGAACAAGCCUCUCAGCAGACAAUUGGAACAGGAAGCAAGGAAGGAAAGGGUCUUUCACCCGGAGGAAGACUGGCAACCUCAUUGGGAUUGUGACAAGACAGCCACACAGUAGCUCCAGAGACCACCCAUUGUAAGAGCAUCAAACACACACAUUUAAAGGAAGGGAGAGAGAAAUACUGAGAAAGACCAAGGCUGAAACCUCUUUAGGUCAGAAGUAGUAUUUCAUACUUCUUCAUUAAUAAGAACGAUAGUAUAAUUUGAGAGAUUCUCAGCUGCAUUUUUCCUCUUGUUUUUCUUACUGUAGGUAAGAAAGGGGAAGUGGAAUUGGUUACUUCCCUUAUUUAUACUUUUUGAAAUACUGUGUUUUUUCACUGCUUUCCUCAUUGUUCUUCACAUGCUUCUACAGUCACAGACGAUAAGGACAUCAUAAGAAGGUCCACCGAAGAUUGCAAGAUGAACAACACCCUGUCCAACGCCUCCAUCAAGUGUGUGCGUGAUACCAGUGUGACAGCUGUGGUUUUCCCCUGUCUGUACAGCGUCCUCUUUGUAUUCGCCCUUGUAUUGAAUUCCCUGGCUGCAUGGAUCUUCUUUAGCAUCCCCAGCACCUCAACAUUUGUGGUAUUUCUAAAGAAUGUGGUGGUGGCCGACUUGCUGAUGACUCUGACCAUCCCUCUGAGAAUCUUGAGUGAUGCAGGUGUGGGUUCCUGGCAACUGCGUGCCUUUCACUGCCGGUACUCUGCAGUUCUCUUCUACAUCACCAUGUACAUCAGCAUCCUUUUGCUGGGCCUCAUCAGCCUGGACCGCUACCUGAAGAUAGUCAGGCCUUUUGGGAAGUCGGCCCUGCAGCGGGUCCGUGUCGGUCAGGUCUUGAGUGCAGCUGUCUGGGCGGUGAUGUUAUCUUUAGCACUACCCAACGUUAUUUUAAGUGACCAGCCACCAAAGGUCUCUGGAGGAAAAUUGAAGUGCAGCUCCAUGAAGAGCAAAGCCGGCCUGCUCUGGCAUGAGGGAUUCAACUACUUCUGUCAGGUGGUUUUCUGGGGCACCCUGGCCUUGAUGGUGGUUUGCUACACAUUCAUCAGCAAGAAGGUGUAUGAGUCAUACAAAGCCUCAAAGAGCAGAUCUCAGUCUGCCAGUCGCAAAACCAAGGCGAAGGUCUUCGUGGUGGUGGGGGUGUUUUUCAUCUGCUUCGCCCCCUUUCACUUUGCCCGUGUUCCAUACACUCUGACCCAAACCCGUAACAUGGCGAGUCAUUGCCAGGCACUCUACAUUGCCAAGGAAACCACCCUGUGGCUGUCAGCCACUAAUGUAUGUCUGGACCCGCUCAUCUACGUGUUCCUGUGCAAGGUGUUUAGGAAAAGACUGACAGCUGCAUUCAGCCCUAAGCUCCUCCACAAAGGCGCCAUGGAAUCCCCAACAGCAACAUCAACUCAGCUGGAGAUGUCACAGAUAGCCCACAGUAACAGACUGUCAUACAAUGGCAUGUCAUAGUGACACACUGGACAAAGUACACUGAGACAUGUUUAAUAACUGUCGAGGCACAGGGAUAAUUGUGUAAUUUUAUCUGUCAGUAGCAUUUUAUUUUGAUGACAGAGGAUGUAAAAAUUCUAAAAUUGAUGCAAAAUGGUCAAAAUCUGCUGAAAAGACAAUGCUGCAUCACAGAAAAAAGUCUGUAAAAAAGUAUGAAAGUGCUCAUGAAUUUCAUGUCAACAUUACUUCCGCUUCUGAUACAGUGCUAACCAAGAACUUUCGCAUGUUUGCUAAGUCAUCCAACACAUCUCCUUAACUGUGCUUACUGUCAUCUUCUGCUUCCUUCCUUCUAAUCUUGUUUAAACUGCACUUUCCCUUUGCAAAAGUUUGACCAAAAGGGCAAACAUCUUGACAGCACAUAUUCUCAAAUGAUUACACCACACACACACACACAGUGUGUGGUGUAAUCAUUUGAGGACUGAACUAUAGCAAGUUUAUAACAAUUGUAAUAAUACAGCUAAAACAUCUGUGUGAUAUAAAUAAUAAUAAAAACAUAUUUUUCAUACUGUAA